UCAUUCUUUCUUCGAACAGUUGUAUCUGUUCGUGUGUUAUCAAGUUUUACAAGAAAAUUCUAGAUGAAAAAUAUUGGAGAGACUCCACCACCUACCUCUCUUCCUCUUUCGUUACCUUCACGUCACCGUUAGAAUUUUCAGAAAGUAAUUAAACCAUCACCCCAAGAAAACUUUCCUCUCUCUUACACUAUUAACCAUCUAAUAUAUACAGCUAUCUUAUUAAACUAACUAUUACUUUAUUUCAUUGACUUCUCCCUUUUUUCUCACCGCCCCUGCCAGACUACUCUCAACAAGGCGACUUUACUAUUACAUCUUUUAAUUUCCUGAAGAAAACAAGAACUCCAGUGCUGCUGAUUAGUUUCCUAAAGACGAUGACAUGGAUAUGCAUGCUUCCUCUUCUAUUAGCAUCCAUCCAUGUGUUCAGUGGAGUCUCUGCAAGAUUUGUGGUUGAGAAUAACAGCAUCAAGGUGCUGUCUCCAUUGAGUCUGAGAGGAAAGCACGAUGGUUCCAUAGGUAACUUUGGAAUACCAGACUAUGGUGGGUUCAUUAUAGGCUCUGUGGUUUAUCCGGACGAAGGAGCUAAUGGUUGUGAACCCUUUGAUGGUCAGCCCUUCAAGUCCAAGUCUCCUCUCCCCUCUGUCCUCCUCCUUGAUCGUGGAGAUUGCUACUUUGCCUUGAAGGUAUGGCAUGGCCAACAGGCUGGUGCUGCUGCAGUAUUGAUGGCUGAUAGCAUAGAUGAACCUCUAAUAACUAUGGUUUCUCCUGAGGAAAGCAGUGAUGCAAAUCGGUACGUGGAGAAGAUUGGGAUUCCGUCGGCUUUGAUCGAAAAGUCUUUUGGUGACAACCUUAAGGAGGCCUUGAAGAAGCGUGAAGAUGUGGUGGUAAAACUAGACUGGAGGGAGUCAAUGCCCCAUCCUGACCAGAGAGUUGAAUAUGAGCUGUGGACCAACAGCAACGACGAGUGCGGCGUUCGUUGCGAUGAGCAGAUGAAUUUCAUAAAGAAUUUCAAAGGCCAUGCCCAGAUACUUGAAAAGGGAGGUUACACUUUGUUCACACCACAUUACCUAACUUGGUAUUGUCCUAAACCCUUUAUCUUUAGCAGUCAUUGCAAGUCCCAGUGUAUAAACCAUGGAAGAUAUUGUGCUCCUGAUCCGGAACAAGAUUUCAGAGAGGGAUAUCAAGGAAAGGAUGUGGUGUUUGAGAACUUGAGACAGCUUUGUGUGCACAGAGUUGCCAAUGAGAGCAAAAGGCCCUGGAUUUGGUGGGAUUAUGUGACAGAUUUCCAUAUCAGGUGUUCGAUGAAGGAGAAGAGAUAUAGCAAAGAAUGUGCUGAGGGUGUCAUGAGUUCUCUUGAUUUGCCUAUUGAGAAAAUCAAAAAGUGCAUGGGUGAUCCCGAAGCUGAUAUCGAAAACGAAGUCUUGAAACAGGAGCAACAACUUCGGGUUGGCCAAGGUUCUCGUGGUGACGUUACCAUUUUGCCAACAUUGGUUAUCAAUAAUGUUCAAUAUCGAGGGAAACUGGAGAGAAGUGCAGUGCUGAAGGCCAUCUGUGCUGGAUUUAAGGAGACUACGGAACCUUCGGUUUGUUUAAGUGCAGAUGUUGAAACUAAUGAGUGCCUUGAAAGAAAUGGUGGAUGUUGGCAGGAUAAACGAGCCAACAUAACAGCAUGCAGGGACACAUUCAGGGGAAGAGUAUGCGAAUGCCCCAUUGUGAAGGGCGUGCAGUAUAGAGGAGAUGGUUACAUAUCUUGUGAAGCCUUUGGACCUGCGAGAUGUACGAUAAACAGUGGAGGUUGCUGGUCCGAAACAAAAGAUGGAUUAACUUUCUCGGCUUGCGCAGAAAACCAAUUAAAAGGUUGUAAGUGCCCACAAGGGUUCAAGGGGGGUGGUCAUAAAUGUGAAGAUAUCGAUGAAUGCACUGAAAGAAGUGCUUGCCGGUGCGAUGGCUGCUCCUGUAAAAACACUUGGGGGUCAUAUGAAUGCAAGUGUAAAGGGAAUCUUCUCUACAUAAGGAACCAAGAUGCUUGCAUUGAAAGAACUGGAUCGCACUUCGGGUGGUUCAUUACCUUCUUGGUCCUGGCAGCUGUGACGGCUGCAGGCAUAGCUGGGUACAUAUUCUACAAAUAUAGGCUCCGGUCUUACAUGAACUCGGAGAUCAUGGCGAUCAUGUCGCAGUACAUGCCGCUUGACAAUCAGCAUAACAAUAAAGUUCCGAGUGAGGCACAACCUCUGCGGCAAAGCGCAACAGCAUAAACAAAGGCAACUAAACCUUCGUGGCUGCUCUCCCCUGAAAUUGGAGCCAUCUAUAUCUAUAUAUAUGUAUACAGCUCUUAUGAAAUUACGGAAGAAAAGACACUUGUUUAACUGCCACACAGGCACCCCCACCAUGAGUAAUGGUUGUAUACAAAUUUUCCUUCACAUAUAGGAGAGUCCUUCGCACAUAGUUGUAGUUGGCGUGUUUGUACAUAAAAUAGUUUAGAAGUAAACAAACGUUGACUCAUGUCAAGAGUCAUACGUGUAGAAGUAAAGGAAUAAGACAACGCUUGGAAUGUGGAUUUUAGA